GAAAAACUUCGGAGGAAAGACUUUCCCACGGUCGACGCGCGUCCUCAAAAUUACCUUUUGGAUCCUUUCUCUAUCCCUCCCGCCACCCUUCUCCAUUACCUUCCCAUUAUCUCUCUACGACCUGUCAUAUACUACUAUUUAACGUUAUAUACGUUGAGGAAUGCCCGACAUGGUCUCAAUGCCAGUAGCUCAACCCCAGGAACGUCAGUUCAACCCAUACAGUGAUAACGGUGGGACGAUUCUUGCCGUCGCUGGUGCAGACUUCAGCGUCAUUGCUGGUGACACUCGGCAGAGCGAAGGAUACAGCAUCCAGACGCGGUAUGCUCCCAAAGUGUUCAGAUUAACGGACAAAGCGGUGUUAGCAGUGAACGGGUUCGCAGCCGAUGGGAACAUGUUCGUGAAGAAAGUCAAACAACGUCUGGAGUGGUAUCGUCAUGCCCAUUCCAAAGAUAUGCCUUUGCGUGCGGUCGCGCGCCUCAUCCAAUCUAUGCUCUACGCCCGACGAUUUUUUCCUUACUACGUGUACAAUAUUCUCGGAGGUAUCGAGGAAGACGGUUCGGGUGCAGUUUACUCCUUCGACCCCGUGGGCUCGUACGAGCGUGAAGCAUGCCGUGCAGCUGGCGCAGCAUCUUCACUUGUGCAACCCUUCCUGGACAACCAGAUCUACUUCAAGAAUCAGACUCCGGCGCCUGGGACGUCACACCCGGCACACUUAUCCUUGACGGACGUACUCGCACUCGUGAUUGAUUCGUUUACCAGUGCAACAGAACGGCAUAUCGAGGUCGGAGAUGGUCUUGAGAUGUACGUCGUUCUGGCGAAAGGAAGCCCCCUUCAGGGUCUGGAAUUGGUUCAAGGGGUCCAAGAAAUGUCAACUACCACAGAUGGCGAGCGCGUCUUUAUCGUCCGGAGAAACUUGAAGAGGGAUUGAUUGUUUAUCUCGCACCCUGUAAUAAAACCGCGUUUCCUAUCUCUGUUCUUUCUUAUCUUCUGCUCCGCUCAUGCUCAGACUCCACUUUCUUUUCGGUGGAUACGGUUUUACGUUCAGUAUUCGGACUUUACUCAUGACCUUGUUUCUAUUUUAGCCGCGUUGUAUAGACUUGUGCAUGCGUUUUGUUCAUAUCUUGUUAUUUACUGUAUCGUCGGUUUGUAGAAGUUGUUAAAAAAUCGAACAUUGCAUACUUACAAUAUGUAUAUGUACUUUCUGAUCGUGUGCAGGACUGAUGGGGCUUGUUUAUCAAGAUAAAUUACGCCGACUUUCAAUUUGACGAUGUUAAAAAAGUCUAUGUUGAUGACCUGUAGCUAGGCGAAGACUCGGAAGCACAGUAGGGCUUGAUAUGUAUGUAGAUGGCCGUGCCGUAUUUCUCCAUCAAGUGUAUUCAUGAGCCAACAAACAAUCAGCGAAAA